AUUAAACCACUGAUAGAAACGUUUUGUUUCCUAGUUGGACACAAAUGUUUAUGGCAUAAAAUCCUGAUAGACUAAACCUUGGGCCACAUUUUCUAAAAGGUUGCUCUGAACUUCGAGGACAAAAAUGCCCAUGUCAAACUGCCACAAAAUUAUUAUACAUUAAUAUUAUUUUCCAUUUUCACUGAAUUAAAUAUUGUAACCAAUAUCAGAAUUAUAAGUGUUGUUGUUUUGUUUUUUUUUUAUGAAUUUUUUUAUUCUUCUGUGUACAAAAUGCUAGGGGGAUUUUCUAUGUAUAAUUAGCAACAACAUUGUUUGUGCAGGAAAUCAUGAAAAUAGUAUGUAUUUUUUUUUUUAAAAGGACUAUUUUGAGGGUCUGUAUUUUUUAUUUGUUUAUUAUUGACUUAUUAUUAUUAUUAUUGGAGCUGUGGUUGAAUUAAAAAAAAUCACAUCUUUGCCAAAAGUUAUGCUAUAAGCAAUAACACAGCCAAAAUGUUCACAAAAUGCAAGGUUUAAUCUAACCUCCUACUUAAUUGUAAAACAGUAACACUGUUUACCAACAAGGUAACUGGUGUGGAUUUGAUAUAGCCGUAGGAUUUAGACACGAGAUCUAAUUAGCCUAAAACAACCAACAGACCGUGGAUUCACAACCAUGAAGGACAGGUGCAGCAACGCUAGCCAAGUGAAGAUACUAAACUAUUGCUGCUGUUAGCUUCAUUUAAUCAGUUACAUAAGGUUAACAAAAGAGCAACAUCCCACACAUAUAUCCUACUUCAUUGGAUUAGCACCCUAAUUCCGGCGAGGAUCGACUAAACUAAAGGAUAGUGUUGUCUUUGUACCUUUAACUUUGUAUUUAUUAGCCUGCAGUACCAGCUCACGUCGUUACGUAGGUGGACUGACACUGUUGCUAUGGAGGCUCUAAUUGAGUUACAGCUGCAACAGAAGCUAAUUUCUGUAAUUACGAUGAACUGUUCGACUAACUGACAACCAACUGACGACCAACUGCCAUAUCUUGCCUGAUUUUCUCUGGGCUGGUGAAGUGUUUUCGCGGACACCCCCACCACCUACAAACAGUGAUGCUGCCAGGCAGCACUUCACUUCCUUCUAGGAGACUGUGACUACGGUCAGCUGCUGUUUCUAGUUCCACUAUGCUGCCUUACCACAUCUCUCCGUCCAGACUGGACCAUCUCCCCUCUGAAGAUCCAGCGGGUCAUGGCCACCUCAGGUCAUCCAGAUCUCUGCUGCGCUCACCCGAGCGGUCAGCAUCAACGUUAAUGUGCCGCCAUAAGGAAGCUACACAGUCACGUCCAUCCACAAGCCGAGACUGGCACUGUCCAGUGUGCUUGCAGACGGCCAGUUUCCCAGUUCAGACGAACUGUGGCCAUUUGUUCUGUGCUCCCUGUCUGAUCGCCUAUUGGAGACAUGGAUCCUGGUUGGAUGCUAUCAGCUGCCCUCUCUGCAGACAGAAGGUCAGUGUGCUGUGUAAUCUUUUUAACGAGAGUCGAUCAGACCAGCAGUCAAAGGAAGUUCUUGGGGAAAUCACAGAAUAUAACAAACGUUAUUCUGGAGCCCCGCGAAGGGUAACAGACUACCUUUGUGACGCGCCUCUUCUCCUGCAGUUGCUGACCCGAGGCCUGGGCACCAUGGGAGGACUUGUGUGGUUGUUUUUAUUCAGGGUGGCCCUGUGCUGUGUGGGGACCGUGGUCUCCAUCUCCUACCCUCCUCUGGACCCCGUCUCCUCAUCAGCAGAUACCCUGGAAACAGACCCCUCCCUGUGUGGAGUGCUGGGGGUCUUAGAUGACCUGGUGGUGGUCGUCCUGCUCCUUAUCUGCGUGAUCAACAUCAACCAGCAGAUGGCGCCAGAGAGAGGACACUCUGCAAAUGCUACAACCUCCCAAGGAGUGAUGGGGAAUUAACUGUAGACAGAUGCUGCUGGAGUGUCAGUACAAGCUGUUUGACAUGGACUUUCAUUGGAUUGCUUCCUUCUGGUUGUGUUUAGUUGGAUUAGUGGAUGCAGGAAUAUUGACGACAGCACAGCGUGAAACAGAUGAGAUGUUAGACGGCGUCUGAGCCUCUCAGACUGUGGACUCGGCCUGAUUGUCAAGUGUUUACAAAGCAUACGUGAGAGUGAUAUUUAAAAUACAAUGUCAUGAACGUCCUGUGGACUGCAGUGUUUGGAUGGGACAUCAUUUUUUAAUCCAUAUUAAAUAGGCUUGUUUAAAUUCCUUUAUAUAUUUCAAUUAUAAUCCACAUUUCUUACCUAGAAAGAAAACUGUCCACUGUGUCAUUUGUAGUCAUGCAACAGUUAGAGUCUAACUGUGCAGAACAUUUGGUCCAGAAUUAAGUUUGAGAUAAACUGUCGUGUCUGUAAUAUUCUACUAUAUGUAAAUACUUGAUAGUGUACAUUUGUGUUAUUGAAGAAUAUUUAUGCGUUUUAAAAAAACAAACAUGACACA